CAUUUAAGUUUGACAAGUUAAAGGAGAUACCUCGCUGUCUGCAGACGUCCACACCGACGCCACAAUGCUGUUCCUUGCUUUUCUUGUGUUGGUGGGUACCAAAGCCGCCCUCAGCUUCGAUGAUAAGAUCGUUGGUGGGUACGAGUGUAAAGAGCACUCGGUCCCCUGGCAGGUGUCGCUCAACAAUGGCUGGCACUACUGCGGAGGAACCCUGAUCAAUGAGCGUUGGGUCGUCAGUGCUGCACACUGCUACAAGGGUGAGGAUAUCGAGGUACGUCUUGGUGAACACCACAUUGGGUACAAGGAUGGCCCAGAGCAGUUCAUCGGUGUUGCUGCCAUCAUCCGCCACCCAGAGUACGACCGUUACACCAUCAACAAUGACAUCAUGCUGAUUAAACUAGCAGACCCAGCAAAGUUUGAUGAGUACGUGCAGCCCACCGCCCUGCCCAAGAGCUGUGCACCUGCAGGCACCCAGUGUCUGGUCUCUGGAUGGGGAGCCACCCAAAGCCCAUUCGGUUGUCUGAAGUGCCUGCACUGCCUGGAUCUCCCAAUCCUGUCCCAGGAGGACUGCGAACGCUCCUACCCCAACAGGAUCACCUCCUCCAUGUUCUGUGCCGGCUUCCUGGAGGGUGGAAAGGACUCCUGCCAGGGAGAUUCUGGUGGCCCUCUGGUGUGUAACGGCGAGCUGCAGGGUGUGGUAUCCUGGGGAUGGGGCUGUGCUGAGGAAAACCGCCCCGGGGUUUACGCCAAGGUUUGCCACUUUACUGACUGGAUCCACUCCACUAUGGCCUCUCACUAAAGUCCCCUGUUUGUUCAUUUCAUGUCAACAGCAAUUUCAGCAAAUUUAUACAUCUUUCCUAACUAGUUCACGAAUUCUUUGUUUGUGGACACUGGCAGUAAAAUAUCAUCAUGAGCAACAGA